AUGGACAAAGCUGGUGAAGAAAGGUUAUUUCAGCUUCAAGAGAUAGAAGAAAUGAGAUGUGAGGCCUACAGCAACUCCCGGAUAUAUAAGGAAAAGUGCAAGGCUAUUCACGACAGUGGUAUCUUGAGAAAGAAUUUUAAGCUUGGUAACAAGGUCCUUAAAUUCAAGGCCCGAUUCAAAUUUAGAGACAGGAAGCUCAAAGAAAGAUGGGAUGGACCUUACAUCAUCACCAAGGUCCUUGGCUAUGGAGCAUUUGAGCUCAAGGAUAAAAAGCAUGGCACUAAACAUCUAGCUAAUGGACAUCUCCUUAAGCUUUUCUAUGACAAGCCUGCAGAACCGUAG